AUGAAUGUUGCUCCCCUGUUAUUGGCUUUUAUGAUAGGUAUUACAAGGCCAACAGAAGGACAACAACAACAGCAACAACAACAACAACAACAACAGCAACGACAAUUACAAUCACAAAAAUCAUGUGAAAUACAAGAAAUUCACGGGAGAGGGGUGUCAAGCGGUUAUUUGACAUCUCCCAAUUAUCCAUACAGCUAUCCGUCUAAUCAAGACUGCCUUUUCAAUAUAACUGCCUCUGCAAAUUUGGUUAUCCAUCUAACUUUUACUCAUUUUCAUCUGGAAGGCCGUAUGCUACACUCUAAUCAAUGCCUUAAUGAUUAUGUGAUCGUUACCGUAGUGGAUCGUAAAGGACGUGAACAUGUUGGUGAACGCUUUUGUGGUAAUCAACUUCCUGAACCUUUACAUACCAUGCAAAAUUCGGUUUAUAUUCGUUUUCAUUCCUCACACACGAAUGAAUACUCAGGUUUCCGAUUGCGUUAUCAAUUCUUAACGGAAGAAUCAAUAUUUGAACCAGCUAGUAGCUAUUUUGAUGAUGAUCUAAGGUAUCUGAAAUAUUGCGGUGGUCAUAGCAAUAUGAAAGCAUUCGCUGGUGAAAUACGAAGUCCCGGUUAUCCAUCAUUUUAUCCAAAAAAUGUCACAUGUAAUUGGUUGUUACGUGUGGGUCCUGGUAAAAAAAUUUAUAUACAUAUACAAUAUUUGGAAUUAUCACCAACAAUGGGUUUGUUAAUUUUAUUUUAA